AUGCGUGAACUCGAGAAUCGUCGCGCUGGACGAGUGGUCGCGCCUCAGCCUUGGCUGAAAUUUCCCUUAUCCCCAAGUGCCUUCCCAAUCCUUCGGCAGAAGUUGAGCGGCAACUAUUAUUACUCGAAACAACGGUAUAGUGAAUAUUCAGCUCUAAAACUAGCUCGGUUUUCGCUGACAUCUGCGAAUUAUAGCUAUGACUAUUUUGGCUCGACCUCGAAAUUCGUCCUAAGGAAGCCAUCUCCUACUCACGGGACGUCUGCCGUCGGGGUUCUUCUUAACAUCGAGCGCGAGCUCGACACGUUCCGCUCAGGAGAUCUCGAAGUUGCCUCAAAAUUUGCGCGAGAGAUCGAACUCAGACUUAGUACUGAUGUCGAAUCCAAUCUCGAAAUGCUUCCUAGCAGCCACUCUCCUGAUAUAUCAUGGGGUCAUCUCGACCAUUCUUCCGGGUUCCCCGGUCUUAUCGUCGAAAUAGCAUAUUCACAAAAGCGCAAGGCGUUGAAAGAUCUCGCAUACGAGUACUUUUGUACCUCGCUAGGGAAAACCCGGAUUAUGAUCGGUGUCGAUAUCGAAUCCUCGGGAAAGAGCCGUAAGGCGACCUUGUUGAUGUGGAAAUCCUGGCUUGAGCACGAUGCGACUGGAGCGCAAGUGAAAUACGACUUGUGCGCAGAAUCAGUAUUUCGUAACGACGAUGGCAGCCCUAAUCUUGACUCCGGGAUCGAGUUUAGUCUCCAAGAGAUCGCCCCCGAUGCCCCGUUCUCCGAGCAGGUCGCAAAUUGCAAAGUCCGAAUUGACGGCGCGAAACUCUACGAGCGCUUGUGUAAUGCCGAGGAAUUGGAAAAGGCCUGGAAGACAGAGGCGAAAGAGGCGAAAGAGGCACAAGAACGUCCAGAGUCUGCAAUUAGGCUUCCGCAACAUCUGGAUCGGAGUCCUGAAGAGAUGAUGGAGAAGUAUCCGGGUCUGGGGGUCAGAUCUGUGCCAUGA